AUGCGCGACAUUCCACGCCCCCGUAAACGAACUCGCCUAGAGAAUGAAGCAGAGGUGCACGAGCAGGGUGCUGAAGAUGUGAAUACCUCUAGUGACACUGCGGAGUUUGACUCACUCACUGGUGAUGACGAUCGUGCUCUUCGUACUGAUGUCUUUCAGCCUCCUGCUGGUAGUCAGUCUUUUGCACGUCCUGCGUCCGCUGGGAAAAAGAAAGCGAAGCAGCAUCACUUAGAAGGACAAGUCGACAAAGCUAUAAUGCACUCGCAACGCGAAUUGGCCGCGGCAACUAUGGCACAAGUGGAAAUCCUAAAAGAGCAGCUCCAGAUAGCAAAAAGAAAGAAGGGAGUUCAACUCCUCCUCAGGUCUUAUCAAGACCACUUCGGCUAA